CCGCAAGGGAAAGCCAGGCCGCGUUGGCGCUGAUCCACCCAGCCUCAAGUCUCACACCGUCCUGCGCUUGCGCCAUUUGCAGCUCGUGUGCUGCCCGCGGCCGCUGUCGCUCUCUCCUUUCCUUUGCGCAUCCCUCGCGCUUUCCUCCACGGUCGCUCCUUCCGUUCGCGCCCAUUCCCGCAGCAGCCUUGCUGGACGUCCUUGCGCGAUACGUCACCCAACCACCCCUAUCGCGCCGCCCGCUUGCACAACAACAAAAGCAAUUCCCCAACAAACACUCUCUUGUUUGCGCAGGGGUCUGAUCAAGCGCCUUUUCAGGCAGAGCAGCCAUGGCUCCAAAAGAGACGGCGAAAAAGGGCGCAUUGACACUCGAGAAGCUGGCUCUGUACGACGACAUACUGACGGAUGCGCUCGUCGACAAGGUCUACUACUGGACCACCAUCAGGAAGAACCGUGGCGGCCGCUUCUCAGGAUCGAGAGGGCUGAACGAGGAGGACAUUGCAAGCAUUUUGCGCGAGCAUGUUAUUGUCGAGAAGAAUUCUGCUGAGGCCAUGCAUCGCUUGGUCCAGCUACCGGGUCUUAAGAAGUUCCUCGCCACGUUGAAAGACGACGCGGACACGGAGCAUUUCAAGAGGCACUUGCGCCGAUACGUUUCUAUAUACCUACCGGAUUGUCCUUUUGAGGUCACCACAACGAAUCGCUACACCAUAACGGACCACGAGGCAUCCAUCACCGCGCGCCGAGAUAUCCAGCCCCGCGAAGAGAUCAAGUACCUCACUGGAGUGCAGGUCGCUAUGACCGAGGAGCAAGAGAAGAACUUGGAGUUGGCUCGCAAGGACUUUAGUCUAGUCAUUUCAGCGCGAAAGAAGACCCGUUCUCUAUUUCUUGGCCCAGCACGGUUCGCGAAUCACGACUGUGACGCAAACGCCAGGCUGUCCACUAAAGGCUACGAUGGCAUGCAGAUUGUUGCGGUCAAGCCAAUCAAGGAAGGCGAGGAGAUUACAGUAUCGUAUGGAGAGGAUUAUUUUGGUAUUGACAACGAGGAGUGCUUGUGCCACAGUUGCGAAGAUCGAAUGGUGAACGGAUGGGCGCCUUUCAGACCUAUCGAGGACAGUACCGAAGACGAAGGCGAAACUGAUGACGGAAAGCGAGAGAAAGAGGAGUUGCCAGGGAUCGCAAACGAAGAGAGCCCUUCUCGUCGAAGGAAGCGCAAGCACGAACAGUCCAGUUCAGCCGGCGUUUGCGCAACAGCCACAACGUCCAAGCGUAGAAAGUCAGAACCUGCCGCGAAGCCAAUUUCUCCUUCAAGACGAACCGCACCACCACAAAAGUCGAGCUUGAAGAAAUCCAUUAGUGCUUCUUGUCUACGACAUGAAUUACCUGUUUCCAGUAUAGAAGACCCCGCCGUUAACCUUCCAUCAACAUCACGAAACCUGCGCACUCAUCAGCGCAGUAGCUUCUUCAACAUUGUUCUUGAAGACAACUCUUCUUCCCGGAACACGACCCCUCAGUCCUCAGCAGGUGCUGCUUCGCCGAAGUCAACACAGUCUACGGACGCCACUUCAGUAGACGAAGAGCAGGUACAUGGACUGAACAAUCCGAAGAUCAAAGUGGAUCCUGAUGUUAUACACAAAAAUCCAACCCUAGGAGUUGCGACUGUCAGCGACGAAGUUUCAAUGGUAAAUGCUCCUUGGUCCUCGCUCUUCGCCGACGAUACCUCGUCCGAGCUGAGUGACCUUUCUGACAGUUUGGAUCUUGACGAUGUGCUACAGCAAAUCGUCAAACGAAAGCGCCCGAAGCUCCCUCUGAUACCCCGGAAUACACGGUCGAGCUCACGCCACAUGAUUCACAAUCCUAUCAGCACACCGAUAUUAUAUCAAGAACCCGAGGAAGGCAUGGUAGAAAACCCGCGCAAGCCAGGUGACUACAUGACAUCGAAAUCUCGCUUGUCUGGUAAGGACAGCCAGUGGGUUGAAUGUCAGACCUGCGACGACCAAUUUGUGCAAGAAGACAGCCAUCGCGGAACGCGCAAGGAGUGUCCGCGUUGCGAGCGCCAUUCAAAGCUGUACGGAUAUCCUUGGCCCAAGACGGACAAGGAGGGUAAGCACGACACUGAUGAGCGCGUUCUCGACCACCGCACUAUUCAUCGCUUCGUGGACCCCGAGGAAGAGAAGGAAAUUAAGAAAGAGAAACCGAAGCGCAAGUUCAAGGAGGAGAUCAUGGAGCGGUUCUCAACACCGCGGUCUUGCCGUGACUCGUCGUUGAGUAUUGAGGUCGAGAGCGGCCGCAAGAGGCGGCGAACAAGGCUUACUAUGUGAUUCUGGAAAAGCACGAUAUUGCGCGUCUCCCUACGACUAUGUACGAAACGUUUCAACACAAUAACUAUGCAAAGCUGACGGAUGCAUUGUUUUUUACGAUACUCGCCGAAGAUGAAGCUCGUUGGUGUUCAUUGGAGUUGCGAGGUUACAUACAACUGCAUUAAGGCGUUGAGUAUAUCCCUGGUGCUAUUUGUCAUUUUGGCAUAUUCAAAUU